AAGAAGCCGACGUUAUCAACUCAUGCAAUAAUUAUUUUUUGUCCUACCUCAACUCAACCAAGGCAAAUAAUGCGAACUAUGUUAGGUAAUUUUAAUAAUACAAAAUUAAAUAAAUCAUAAAUCUGCUCUGAGUUUUGUUUUCCAUCGAAAUAGGCUUCUGAUCCUGAAAAAUCAUGGAUUGCGAUUCCGAAAACAAUUCAGGAUCAACAGUAGUUCACGAAGGAAAUGAUAACUUGGUUCGAAGUCAGUACUACGAUGUAAUGGUGAAAGUGGACUCAGAUGUGUAUUGUUUGAAUAAACUACAACUGGCUUGGAAAUCGGACUACUUCGAGAAAUUAUUUAUCGAGUAUUCCGACCAAAAAGAAUGUAGUUUGAUCGAGCUACCGGUAAUGGAUACAAAUACAUUCUCUGCCAUCGUAGAUAUAAUAUAUGGAGAGACACUGACGUCUGUUUUAAACCACGACAAUCACAUUACAUUAUUAAUGGCUAUGGAUUACUUCCAAAUGAAGAUCGAUCUGGAAACUUACGCAAGUUUCAUUGAAGAAAAUUUGGACUUUGAUACGAAGAUAUUCACUCUAUACAACUUCGUUCGAGAGAAUCCAAAUUUGCAGUGCUUGUUACCGUCAGUUUUAAAAUACAUAUCUGCUCAUUUGACGAAAAUGCAAAAUAAUAAAGAUUUUUUAUCUUUACCGUUUGAGCAUAUCGUUCAGAUAGUUUUGAGCGAUAAGAACGACGAGGUUGAGACAUGCACAAUGCGAGAAUUUAGUCAAAUUUGCUCGAAAUGGAUUUGCUAUAAUUUGCAAAACAGACUUUCUCAUGUAGCAAAGCUCGUUAAUGCUGCUAAAAGAAGAUUUGAUUGUCUAAACGAAAUUAAGGAUGAAGACUUCAACACGAUGUUACCUAAUAUUGCUGGAAAAAUUAGUCUGGAAAUGAUGACGAAACUUUUCUACAAAUUUUUGGUGUAUGAUGGAGAAGUAAAUCCAGCUCACGAGAACUUACUGAAAGAUGAGAAAAGUCAAGAUUCAAUUACUUCUUACGAGGAAAACGAACGAAAAAAGUUGACAAAAUUUUUAGAAAAUGGUUAUUUCCACGAUAUCGUCGUAAAUGUCGGAGAUAAAACUUACAAACUUCAUAGAUUUAUAUUGAAUCCAGCAUCGGGCUAUUUCGCUGAAAUUUCUUCCACCAAGCAGUCCAACUCAGACGCUCAAUGUGCAGAAGCACCCACCCAGAGCCAGCAACCGAAUGUAAAUGAGUAUGUGCUUCGUGAUGUUGAUCAAACGACGUUUGAUAUGAUAAUUAAUUAUAUCUAUUUCGGUGACGAAUUGCCUUUGACAUGUGAAACCGUAACCCAUGUAUUGAGAGCUGCCAAUAUUUUAAAAAUGGAAACAUUAUAUGAUAGCUGUAUAUAUUGGAUGCGAGCGAAUCUUGAACAGAUCUGCGAGGAAGUUUUAAUGCUCGAUGAAUGUUUUUCUACGACGUGGAUUCGAGACAAUAUUAAAGAAAUUUUUUCGAAAAUUUUGAUCGAAUCUGAAGUAGUCAACACGUUGCCAAUCUGUUUAGUUUCCUUCGAUAACCUGGAGGAUUUAAUUUCGUCGUCGUCGCAUUGCUGUGAUAAUCCGCAUAAAGUUGUAGACGUAUGUUCGAAAUGGGUUUUGCACGAUGUAAAAAACCGAUACCAUCUGCUACCACAAAUCGCCAUUGCUAUUAAUCACAAUCGCCAUUAUUACGAAAUGGAUGUUUCUGAAGAUUUAAACAACUGCUCGGAAGAAUCGAUUCGUGAUGAAUUAUGGAAAAUCUUACGUUCUACCGCAUUGGUUCUUUCUGCUGAGAAAAUAUCGGAAAACUGUGGUAAGAAAUUUCAGGAGACACCUGUGUUUGUCGCAUUGACCGCGGAAACGUCAACAAUUCAUGUUUUGAACGCAAAUUUAGAACAGAUCGGCUCAUUGUGUCUUUCAAAUGAUACUGAUCGUGUUGAUUGUGUUACUGCCACUUUGAUAGACGAUAAUCUAUUUAUUGCCUCAUCUCGCCAAGACGUGCUUUUUGUUUUUUAUGUACUAAAUCUGUCUUCGAAAAAGUUUGUUUCUUUGAAUAGAUGUGUAGAUGUGAAAAAGUAUGAUAGUUGGUGCUACAGGUUCUGGUUGUUGAAUUGUUGCGGCCAAGUAUACUGUUGCUUUCCACGAGGUCAUGUAUUGAAAUACUCGACCGAAUUAAACCGUUGGAUGGCAUUUUCAAAAAAGCCCGUAUUUUCUGAUAAAGUCCCGAAAUUCGAGCAAAAAGUAUGGUUUACAAGUGACGGCGAUAAGUUGUACAGGUUAUAUGCUAAAGGAGUUUCUGAUGAACGGUAUUCGUCUGCGACAUUGUUGUACGGUGUGGACGAAUUUAAUUUUCGACUAAAUGUGUGGUCGUCUUGGUCGGAUGUGUCAUUUACACGAGACUAUUGUCACGUAGUAGAUGUUACCGUUCUUGAUGGUAAAUUCACUAUGAUGUUAGAUUCGUCGUUCGUGUCAUUUGACCAAAAUUCAAGAAAGUGGCGUGAAUUUCUUCUAACUCGUGGUAUUCUUCUUGACGGGUUUAGGAAAUGGUACGCCUUGACGCGAUGUGAAGGCACACUUAUUCAUGUUUUCAGCAACAAAAUGUAUCAUCGGUCCCAAAGAAAUGAAACCUGGGAGUUGAAAAAAGAUCUCACAUCAAAAUUUAAUUCUGUACCAUCCGACUCAUCCGACUGUAAAAAAAAUCCUGGCCCUUAUAAGUGUAUUAUUUCCAUUCAUAAGAACAACACUGAGACCGAUUAAUGUGAUGCAUGUAACGUUGUGAUAUAAAUUCCUGUUUUAUUUUUUUUCUUAUUAACAAUACCUAUUGUGAAAAGACUGAUGUUAUUAAGUAAUAAUUAAUCAUUUUUAUCGUAAUUCUGUCGUAAGAUUUUGAAAAUAAAAUAUUAUGAAAGAG